AUGUGGUUGCUCCAGACGACCACUGCGACUCUAACACAGUUCGCCGAUAUAUCUGCGGUGCCGGGCGGCUACGCCGUCCUAUCCCACACGUGGAUGGGGUCCGGGGAACAGUCCUUUCGCGAAUUGCAAGACAUCAUUCGACGCUGCAAGGAAGACGGCUCCAACGCUCGGGACAAAGUAUCGGAGAAGAUCCGGAGAUGCUGUAUUCAGGCCAAGAAGGACGGGUACGAAUGGGUCUGGAUCGACACUUGCUGCAUCGACAAGGACUCCAGCACCGAGCUCUCCGAGGCCAUCAACUCCAUGUUCACUUGGUACCUCCACGCCGAGGUGUGUUACGCCUACCUUUCCGACGUUCCAUCGGGCGGUCACCCCAGCGAAUGGCUCUACGACUUCAUCCGUGCGCGCUGGCACUUGCGCGGCUGGACGCUACAAGAGCUCCUCGCCCCCGCGCUUGUCCUGUUCUUCUCCGCGGACUGGGAGAAACUCGGCACCAAGAACGAGCUUGCAGACGUCCUUUCCCUGAUCACAGCCAUUCCUUCCUCCGUUCUCACCCGGCAGACGUCCAUCUUCAGCUUGCCGGUCGCCACACGCAUGACGUGGGCCGCUCACCGCACAACGACUCGACUCGAGGACGAGGCGUACUGCCUGCUUGGCAUCUUCGACAUCAAUAUGCCGACUCUGUACGGGGAGGGGGCACGCGCGUUCUACCGCCUUCAGCAAGAGAUCGCGAAACAGUCACCGGAUACCACACUCUUCGCAUGGGGCGACCGACAUACCGAUGAAGAGGACAAAAUGAGAAUGAAGGUCGAAGUAGACCAUUUCUCAGCCGAGAACUCGCGCAAUCUCAACAUAUUGGAAGAUGCCUCAAAGCACUUCUUAUUCGCACCGUCGCCUCGUAACUUCAGAUAUGUCCUUGGUGCACCAAUGUCCUUCACGCCCCGAGUUUCUGGCCAGGCGGCUCUACAACCCUAUACUGUCGCACAUUACAGUGACCGAAAGGAUGUACGUCUAGAUCAAGGGAGAAAACGCCGCGCAGUCGGUCCCUUCGGCCCAGGCUACGAUCUUCCCAGCUUCGAGAUGACCAACCUCGGCAUGAAGUUCCGUCUUCCACUUGCGGAGGUAGGCGGCUACACCAUCGCCGUCCUCUUCUGUGAGACCAACAGGGACCACGUCGGUCUCCUCCUUAACCCCGUCUCUCCGGACCCUGCGUGUCCGUGCCAAACGUACCACGUCGGCGUGCGCUGCAAUUUCCCCCCUGAGAGCGUCAGGCGCUACAUUCGAGUCGUACACCUCGGUGCGGACUUCCACAACCUCUCCUUCCGCGGGACAACCUUCCGUGCCGCAUGGCGCGAGUUCUACGUCGCGACCGCCCCUCCCAUCGCCCCCGCACACAGCAUCCUCGGGCUCGCGUCCGACCGCGUCCCUGACACUCCGUUCCGAAUUCCGCGCUGGCUCUUCCGUUUCUUCACGGACCUCGAACUAUUCCCGGAAUCGACAGUCACGACCGGAGCUGAUGAGCUGCCAGUUCAAGUCGUCAGGUUCGCAAACACGAGCAACUUCGUGGAUAUGACGAUGAUCCUCGUCCUUGGGAUGUGCAAGCGCAACUCGCUCGACGGAAGACCGGCACACUGGGCCUCCAAAGCCAUUGAGACGCUGUACGAUCACGCCUGCCCGGGCGAUCACGUCGACUUUUGGCCCGGCUGGACGAGGGGGUUUGGAAUUCCCGUGGGUGUGCGCCUCUCGUUCUCGCGCUGCCCUCAUAGCCCGAUCGCGACGCGGGUGCUCCACGCGGAGCUGGUAGGC